UUCCAUUUUUUUAGUAUUUCGCAUUUCGCCUCUCAAUCUCAACAUUCCACCUUCCUUUGUCCAUUUCUUUUUCGAGGGAAAUAAUAAUAAUGUACCAUCAAAACCACCACCACCACCAUCUUCAUCUUCCUUGUCUUCAUUGCCACCCACAAAGCUACAUUAGAAUGGUUCAGUAUAUGAUAGAGAGAUGUUUGCUGCUUCACAUGAACCGACAACAAUGUGUUAAGGCCUUAGCAAAGUAUGCAAGCAUUCGACCAUGCAUUACAGUUACAGUGUGGAAGGAGCUGCAAAAGGAGAAUAGGGGAUUCUUUGAAGCAUAUUUUCAUGCCAUUUCUCAAUACAAGCCUUUCAUGGGUUAUUACAUCCAAAGGGAACAUAGAUUUCAAAGGAAGAAAAGGUUCUGGAAAUGAAUGAUAAUUUACUAUUGCAAAAGUAUUGUCUCUAAAUUAAUUCUAAGGUACAAUUUUAUUAGGGAUUUUAAUAAAAAAAAUAAACUUUUUUAUAAGUGGGGAUGGGGUUGUUUGGGAUCAAACCCAAACUCUUAUGCCCAUAACAUAAUACUCUUACUAUUAAAUUAAGAGGUUAUUGGCUGAUGAAUAGUAAACUUUAUGGUGAGUUUUAGAAAAAUUAAGAGGUUAUUGGCUGAUGAAUAGUAAACUUUAUGGUGAGUUUUAGAACCUUUCUCAAUAAUAUUUGUAUAUGAUCUUAAAAUUAGCUUUUUAAAGGUAAAUCACUAUAUAUUUGUUUGUACGAAAUAAAACGGGCUUGUAAUUAUCAAUAA